ACAGUAAGCAGCCAGCCAAGAGCGCGAGAGAAAUAGCUGGGUGACUCGCACUUCCUUGUUUAUGAAUACUGUGAUGGAACAGGCAGAAGUCACAGACCCAGAGGCAGAUCUACAUUUCUUACUUCUAUCAAGGCAAAAAAUCUAGAAUUGCAAGUAGUAUUGAUGAAUGCUUAAUCUGAGUUAAAGCACCAAGACAUCAUAUAAUGGAAUUAUCAAAGGCUACCCAGUAUAAAAUACAGGGUUACAUUAUGGCUGCAAUAUUCUUUCUACUCAUUUACAUUUGUUCCAGUGCACUUUGUGCCGGACAAGAAAUGUUUGAAAGCCAUACAGCAAACUACUCACACAAAUCUCUUGCUGCAGUUCCAAGGAAUCUUUCAUUAAUGACAACUGUACUGGAUAUAUCAUUUAAUAAUAUAGCUGCAAUGGAAACAUCAGACUUCAACUAUACCUUGGACCUAAAAGUUCUGAAUGCAUCUCACAAUCAGAUGAAGUAUCUAGAUAGCAAUAUUUUUAGAUUUGACUCAGAACUGGAAUAUCUUGAUUUGUCCUACAAUCAACUAAGAAAUAUCUCUGGCACAUUUCCCAAUAAUCUUCACCAUUUAGACAUUUCUUUCAAUGAUUUCCAGACUAUGUCUGUAUGCAGAGGAUUUGGAAACAUGUUGCUACUGGAAUAUCUUGGGCUUGGUGCGAGUCAGAUUGUAAAAAAUGAUUUUGAGGGGAUUGCACAUUUGCACCUGAAAGAAGUGUUCAUUGAGUUAAACCCUCUUCUCGAUUAUGAAAAUGGCAGCUUACUUUCAUUAAACACAAAGAAACUUACACUUGAUCUUGGUUUACUAUCAAAUAAAGACCGUUAUAAUGUUUUACUUGAUGCUGUCAACACAACCAAGAUUCUAGAUCUGUCGCAUAUAUAUGAAUGGAAUAUCCACACUGAUCCAGAGAAAUAUAUAUUUGACAUUGUAAAAAAUUCUAAAGUAACCGAUUUAACAAUGAGGCAUGUUAAUGUUGACUGGAAAAUGGUUGUCCUGGCACUUCAGUAUAUCUGGCAUUCUUCCGUUGAAAUACUGAAUUUUUAUGAUUUCUCCCUCAAAGGAAAAAUUGAGCAAACAUCCUUUGAUUAUUCGAAUACAUCAGUGAAAGUGUUUAAUCUGCAAGGUGUGAAUGUAGGAGUUUUCCAGUUUGAUCAAAGUGUUGUAUAUAGAGUUUUCUCCAAUAUGAAUAUUGAAAACCUGACUUUAAACUUUGCUAACCUACUAUUUAUGGUAUGUCCUCUCAAUUUCAGCACCUUUCAGAAUAUUGAUUUUUCAAACAAUGCGCUGACAGAUGACCUUUUCCAAGAUUGCUCGACAUUAAUAAAUCUAAAAUGUUUAAAACUAAGACAAAAUAAGCUUGAAAAAAUAUCCAAAGUGAGCAUUAUGACAAAGAAUAUGCCAUCUUUGGAGUAUUUGGAUGUUAGUCAUAAUUUAUUGACCUAUGAUGAGGAGGACUGCCACUGGUCUGAAAGUAUUGCCAAGCUGAAUUUGGCAUCUAAUUCCUUGACAGAGUCUAUUUUUAAAUGUUUGCCAAUUAAUAUUGAAAUUUUGAUACUUAAGAACAAUGAUAUCACACAUGUUCCAAGAGAUGUAGCCCAUUUAGAUGGUUUAGUAGAGCUUAACCUUUCGUUCAAUCGACUGGCUGAUAUACCUGACUGCAGUAACCUUAGGAGCCUCAGUUUACUUAGCGUUGAGGCUAACCAGAUCCUUUAUCCAUCAUUUGAAUCUAUUGAGAGUUGUAGUAGAGUAAAACACAUAAGCGCUGGCCAGAAUCCAUUUCAGUGCAAUUGUGAAUUAAGAAGGUUUAUAAAACAGGAAAGAGAGGCACCAGGGAGACUGAUUGGGUGGCCAGAAGCUUAUGUUUGCAAGUAUCCUGACAAUGUCAGGGGCACCAUGUUGAAAGAUUUUGACUUACCAGAAAUAACUUGCAAUGUUUUCAUUCUGAUACCUGUCAUUAUCUUGCCAAUUAUUUUUUUCAUAGUUCUUAUUAUUGGCCUUUGUAAGUACCUUGAUGCACCAUGGUUUUUGAAAAUGAUCUGGCAGUACACCAAAACCAAACAGAGAACAAGAACUAGUAAACAGGGUUACCAGUCGCUCCAGAAAGAUUUGGAUUUUCAUGCAUUUAUCUCUUAUAGUGAACAUGAUGCAUCUUGGGUAAAGAACAUAUUCUUGCCAAGCAUUGAAAGAAGCAAUGAAUGUAUACGUAUCUGCCAGCAUGAGAGAAAUUUUGUCCCUGGCAAAAGCAUUAUUGAAAAUAUUAUAAACUGCAUUGAUAAAAGCUAUAAAUCGAUUUUUAUUUUAUCUCCAAAUUUUGUUCAGAGUGAGUGGUGUCACUACGAACUCUACUUUGCUCAUCAUAAAUUGUAUACUGAAAACAACGACAACCUAAUCUUGAUUUUGCUUGAACCUAUCCCGCAGUAUCUGAUUCCAUCUAAAUACUACAAACUGAAAACUCUAAUGGCACAAAGAACAUACUUGGAAUGGCCAGUUGAGAAAAGCAAGCAUAGCCUUUUUUGGGCAAAUCUAAGGGCAGCCAUUAGUGUAGAUUUAACCCAUGCAGUGAGUGAAAAUACUUGCUCAGUUUCCAGUGAAAAUUCUUGCUCAGCUUCAAGUAAAAAUUCUUGUUCAACUGAAAGUGAAACUACUCGCUUAUUGUCAUAGUUAUUUUUGUAAUCAUUGAUAUUAUGGUCUAAAAUGUUUAAUUUUUGCAUGUCCUGUUUUGUGUUGACUCAUAAAUUAAAAGAUGGCAAUAUUUGUAUGUUAGUAAACAUUUUUCACCGCGCAACAAAUUUUUUUUGAAGCCCAUAGGGGCAAAUUCACUAACAUUCGUAGUUUCGCCAGGCGCAACUUCGCC